AUGAUGCAGAAUGAUUUGCUCGAGCCUCGUGAUGGAGGGGUCUUCCGUGCCGAUAAGUUCAAGGGGAGUAUUAAUGGUUUCAAGUUCGACGGCUCACCUGACGCCAGCAUUGUGAGAGAGGUUCAAGCGUGGUUUAACAAUCUCAUCUCAGAUGAUGAUGUCCUUAAUAGCACCAAGAUCGAUGUGGAAGUAAUAGCAAAGAUUGUUGCUCAGAUCGGUGCUAUCCUUGAAAACUUCGAAACGUUCUUUGCUAAAAACGAGUAUCAUGAGCAAGCAUUAAUUGACAUUGGUGUGCUCCGAUUUCCCGAUGUUGAUCAGCCGUAUUUCAAGGUCUAUCGCAUUAAGCUGGCUGCUUGGUCCGACUCCUCCUGUAACCUAAUACACCAGGAAGAUACGAACGGUAUCACUGGAGAAUUUAACAGCAGGGUGUUCCAACCCCGUGCCAGUAUUAUUGAGCAUUUAACUUCUGCAACUUUUCAGAAGGCUGCUGCUACUGCUGAUGCUCUCUUUGAUGACUAG